CCUCCUCCUCCCCCCCUGCGGUGCUUGGAGAGGAGAGUGUUGGAGAGAGUGCUGGCUUGAGAUGAUCUGACACACCGAAGAGCACCGUAAAUGAGGAAGCAGAGCGAGAAGUGAGCCGGUGAGUGCGCGCAGACUAGAACGCCCUCUGAACGCUCUGAGGGGGGUGAGGAGGGGCGCAGAGGAAGAUAAAGCCAUAUAUCCGUCCCUGUUCUGUCAAGGAAACUAGCCCAUCAUCCUCUCGCAAAGAUGGGGAACCGGGGAAUGGAGGAUUUGAUUCCUCUGGUGAACCGCAUGCAGGAUGCUUUCUCGGCCAUUGGGCAAAACGCAAACCUGGACCUGCCGCAGAUCGCCGUGGUGGGAGGACAGAGCGCCGGGAAGAGCUCGGUGCUGGAGAACUUCGUCGGGAAGGAUUUUCUUCCCCGUGGCUCUGGCAUUGUGACCCGCCGUCCUCUGGUCCUGCAGCUGAUGAACUCGCCCACCGAAUUCGCCGAGUUCCUGCACUGUAAGGGUAAAAAGUUUAUAGAUUUUGAUGAGGUCCGGCAGGAGAUCGAGGCGGAGACGGAUCGCGCGACUGGAGCCAACAAGGGAAUCUCCCCUGUGCCCAUCAACCUGCGUGUUUACUCUCCGCACGUGCUGAACCUGACACUUGUGGACCUGCCGGGGAUGACCAAGGUGCCGGUGGGUGACCAGCCUGCUGACAUUGAAUUUCAGAUAAGAGACAUGUUAAUGCAGUUUGUCACCAAGGAGAACUGUCUGAUGCUGGCCGUCUCCCCGGCCAACUCUGACCUGGCCAACUCCGACGCUUUAAAGAUUGCCAAAGAGGUCGACCCUCAGGGUUUAAGGACCAUCGGUGUGAUCACCAAGCUGGACCUGAUGGAUGAGGGGACCGAUGCUAAAGACAUCUUGGAGAAUAAGCUGCUUCCACUCAGGAGAGGUUACAUUGGUGUGGUGAAUAGAAGCCAGAAGGACAUAGAUGGAAAGAAGGACAUUAAUGCUGCAAUGGCUGCCGAGAGGAAGUUCUUUCUCUCCCACCCGGCAUACAGACACCUGGCUGACCGCAUGGGAACUCCCUACCUCCAGAAAGUCCUCAAUCAGCAACUGACCAACCACAUCCGGGACACCCUGCCGAAUCUGCGGGCCAAGCUGCAGAGUCAGCUUCUGUCCAUCGAAAAGGAGGUGGAAGAGUACAAGAACUUCAGACCUGAUGAUCCGUCUCGCAAAACCAAGGCUCUCCUGCAGAUGGUGCAGCAGUUCUCGGUGGAUUUUGAAAAAUGCAUAGAGGGCUCUGGGGACCAGAUCGACACGGCCGAGCUGUCGGGUGGUGCCAGGAUCAAUCGCAUCUUCCAUGAACGCUUCCCCUUUGAACUGGUCAAGAUGGAGUUUGACGAGAAAGAACUCCGCAAGGAAAUCAGCUACGCUAUCAAGAACAUUCAUGGCAUCAGAACUGGCCUCUUCACCCCGGACAUGGCCUUUGAGACCAUUGUGAAAAGGCAGAUUGGGAAGAUUAAAGAGCCUUGCACCAAAUGUGUGGACAUGGUCAUUUCUGAGCUAGUCAAUACAGUUAGGCAGUGUACCAAGAAGCUGGCUCAGUACCCCAUGCUGAGGGAGGAGAUGGAGAGAAUUGUCACUCAGCACAUCAGAGACAGAGAAAGCCGCACUAAAGGACAGGUGUUGCUGUUGAUAGAUAUUGAGCUGUCCUAUAUGAACACUAACCAUGAGGACUUCAUCGGAUUUGCCAAUGCCCAGCAGAGGAUCAACCAGAUGAGCAAGAAGAAAGCAGCCGGCAAUCAGGAUGAAAUCAUGCCGGAGAGAGGAGUUAACGAUCGGUUCAAGGUGAUCAGGAAGGGCUGGCUGACCAUUAAUAACAUCGGCAUCAUGAAGGGAGGCGCCAAGGAGUACUGGUUUGUACUCACCGCCGAGAGUCUGUCCUGGUACAAGGAUGAUGAGGAGAAGGAGAAGAAGUACAUGCUGCAGGUCGACAACCUGAAGCUGCGCGAUGUGGAGAAAGGCUUCAUGUCCAGCAAGCAUAUUUUUGCCCUCUUCAACACCGAACAGAGAAAUGUGUAUAAGGACUACCGUCAGCUGGAGCUUGCGUGUGAGAGUCAGGAAGACGUUGAUGCCUGGAAAGCCUCCUUCCUCAGAGCCGGAGUUUAUCCUGAAAGGGUCACGGAGAAGGAAGGAAAGAGUGAUGGUGGUGAUGAAAAUGGUUCUGACAACCUCAUGCACAGCAUGGACCCUCAGCUGGAGCGGCAAGUGGAAACCAUCCGCAACCUGGUCGACUCUUACAUGGCAAUCGUCAACAAGACCGUCCGCGACUUGAUGCCGAAGACCAUCAUGCAUCUCAUGAUCAACAAUACUAAAGAGUUCAUUAAUGCUGAGCUGUUGGCCCAGCUGUACUCAUGUGGUGACCAGAACAGCUUGAUGGAGGAGUCUCAGGAGCAGGCCCAGCACCGUGACGAGAUGCUGCGGAUGUACCACGCUCUGCGGGAGGCUCUCAACAUCAUCGGCGACAUCAGCACAUCUACUGUAACCACCGCCAUGCCACCACCCGUGGACGAUUCCUGGCUUCAGGUGCAGCGUAGCGGAUCUGGAGGACGAUCUCCGGCCACCAGUCCAACUCCAAACCGCAGGGCUCCACCAGGACCCCCGGCCCGUCCAGGCUCUCGUGGUCCUCCACCUGGGCCUCCUCCUGCAGGGGGUCCCCCUGUCCCUUCUCGCCCCGGAGCUUCUCCUGACCCAUACAGUGGGCCACCACCCACCGUGCCCUCCAGGCCUAACCGCGCACCCCCAAGUGUGCCUAGAAUCACUAUCACUGACCAGUGAGGACUAACAUUACUGUCGGAGACCCCCGCCAUCUCCAACCCACUAGACUCCCUGGCUCCUCCGUCCUUCCCCUCCUCCUCCGUUUAAUUCUCCCCUGGAUGAGAGGCCACAGACAACAGCGCCACCCUCCUGUCGUUUUCUGCCUCGUCUGACCUGAGCUGGUUCCCAGCUCCUGCUUCUCCCUCGCUUCCUCUUCUUUCCCUCCUCCUCACCUCCACCUCUCUCCCUCAUACAGUGACGCAGAAUACUUGAAUCACACUUGCAUGACUUACAAACAUGCUGCACCCUGAGAACUCAAUCUAUGUAAAGACUGAUGAAGCAAAUCAGUUAGCGUGUGCACGCACGCAGUAUACAGUCUAGUAAACAUGUGCAAACACGUGCAAACACUUAAACACGGAAACAUUUUUCCUGCUUUUAAACUAAAAGGGUAGACAUUUAGCAUGAAGCUAUGCCUGAGUAUUUCUAAUAAGUAUUCUCUCUUAUUAUUCUCUCAUUCAUCAAUUGUUCUUUUAUUUCAUGUUUAUUUAUUUUCUUCCUUUUUUAAGGAAUCCUUCCCUUAAAAAAAGAUGAAAUUUUAGGGAUAAAGCAGAAAUUUAGAAUUUUUCGCUGGCAGAUUUUCACAACGGUUUCAGAUAAAAUGGCACAAAUUCUUCAGUUCACUUAAACAUCCACUAAUACCAAGAACUUGCAACAUACUUCAUGGUAAUUUGAUGGAUACUUUGACUCUGUAAAUACUGGUGUUGUGCAGAGAGUAAAUGCUUUAGUUCCUCUGCAGCAUUUCAGCCUCGGAGUUAAAGUAAGAGGCAGAAAAUGUUUCAAUCAGCAGAAGUGACGAUGGAUAAAGUAUUUCAUAAGGGAGGUGAUGCAAGCUGGACUUUUUUGUAACUCUGGUGUCUUCUCACUGCACUAUUCAGAGUUUGAGUUAAUGUGUUAUGGCAGUUUUCCAUAUUCGAGUGUGAAGGCGACUGACUUUAAUCAAGUCCGCUUGUGAGCUAAACUAUAAAGAACAAACCGUGAAAGAGGAGGUCUGUCUCACACCCUGCAAAUCAUGGUUUUCAUUACCAUUAGCAUUGUUGUAAAAGUUGACCUGUUUCUCACGUGGCUGUAAAAUAUUAUUGCUAACUAAACAGCCACUAGCUGUUAAUGUUUGGCCUCGGUGUGGGUAAUCUGUUGUAUGUUAACCAUCAUGCAUAGUUUAAAAGAACAGCUGGAUUUUAUUUCCUUGAUGAUUUUUAAUAUUCAUCUGGCUGUCAGGCGAUUCAUCAUUCAAAAAUGUAAUCUUACCAGAUGAUAUCUCAUGGCCACAUCUUAAUUACAUAAUUCCUAUGCCGGAAUAACCCGUGGCUACACAUUACUAACUGGUGGCAAAGCAAUAAUAUCCCCCUCACCCUGGAGGUGAACAUCGUCAUUUCUCUGGUGCCUCCUCACCAUUACGAUUUUAGUUGUAAUCUCUUACUUGUUGUAAUCUCUUCAUCCUGGCAAAUAAGAUCGUCUUUUUAUUUUCUCUCUUCUUUCCUAUCACCUAAACAGCCGGUCAAACAAGGGCGGGCCCUCUCGUCCCGAGAGCCCCCUGCCACCAUUCGACUCUUAGAAGGAAACAUUCUCCCUGUUACCUCUUCUCCUUCUUACGCUCAUCUCGCAUUUAUCCAUCCACCCAUCACUCACUCACUCACUCACUCACACGAGGAGAGGAAGGCUUGAAUGAAUAACAGAAGUAAAGGAUCGCCUGCAAAUUCUUCACCCUCAGAUAGACGCUGCUGCUCUUCGUCCAUUUUUCCUCCUCCUCUUCAUUUCAGCCUUGCAGGACGGGAGGAACUGCCCGUUGUAGCCUCAGGAAGGCCCUCAGUGUCACUGUUAAAUCCACCUGCGAUUUAAAACUGCUGUUGUCUGUGCUUCCACACGACCUAUGCAACAACUGACGUAAAAGGAAAAAAAAAAAAAAGAUGCCUCUCCCGUUUCUUUCUUGCUCUCUGCUUCACACAAAUGUUGUUACUGCAUUAUCUUUAAGCAAAUGUGCAGCUUCAGACAACUGCAGGACACGCGAGACUCCAGCCUGAGAGGAAGGGAGUCUUUGGCCUGGGUUGAAGCUCUGUGACUGUUAGCUAGAUAGCUCUUUACAUAUCCUUUUUAUUCAGACGGGGAAAACAGGAAUAUUUGCCGAGUGAAAACAUUCAGAAUUUUAAGUCAGUUGAUGAUUUGCCAUUUCUUCUCUUUUCCCCCCUUUUCCCCCCUUUUUUUGUUUGGUUUUGUCUUUUUUCCAGUGGUCACGGGGGUGAGUGAGAACACUCAAAAACAGCCACAGUCUAUGCAUAAAACUGGCAUUAAAUGAAAAAGCUCCUUCUCUUUCACCCUGUCAUUUUACACGUGUGAGAACCUGUGACCCGUGCGAACCCACCACCUUUUCUACCACUGACCUCCACUGUCAGCGUGAUGUGGUGUAUUGUAUUUUGAACCCAAGCAAAAAACAACCCACCAGCCACAAACAAUAAUCUGCUAUUCAUCCCUUGUGCAUCUGGUACUCCACGACUGCAAAGUAAACACAACUAAGCAUAUUUUUCUUCUUAUUUAAUGGUAAAUAGUUUAUUAUGGACAUAUCUUAUUGUGUUAUUCUGUAUAUGUGUGAUGCAUCUUAUUGAACUUUCACUAUCUAGGGAAUUUAGUGUAUGAAACCGCUGAAUAUUUAAAUUAUGACAAAAUGAGUAUAUGUAUAAGGAAGUAAUGUUUUAAAAACUACAAAAAAUAUAUACUACAAUGAUGUAUAUGGGCAACUGCAGGCUGUUGAAUACUUUGGCUUGCAGCAGAGGGCUUUUGCUUUUCUUGUCCUUCUGUGUGUAGAAUAGCAGCGAGGGGCGGGCUGAAUGUGUGAAAGUCCUGCAGCGAUCAGGUCCUGCGUCUUGUUUAGACUGAUGUGCAGGACUGCUGUGCUCUGUCAAGACAUUAAAAACUUCAGUGUGUAAUCAGGGAAGUAUGUCUUUGUGUCCUUUUUUUUUUUUAAAUGCUGGUACAUACUGGUGG